CGUAUUUUUCCGUCCCCUCACUCUGUUUGUGUCUUUUUGAACAUUUAAUUUGUACCGCUCUUAACAAUUUUUGCUUUUGUGUGUUAAAAACCCACAAAUAUUAGUUUUGUUUUAACCGAACUGUGAUCUGUGUGAAAACGUGAUUUUUUUUAAAGAAAUUGGAUUCGAUAAUAACUUAUACUACUCCAAAAUCUAUUUUUGAUUUACUCAGUUGAGAUCUCCCUGUGUGUCAUACCACCAUUUAAAAUACAGUGCAUCGAUUGGAUACUUCUCUUAUUUUUGGAAAAUAAUAUAAAUGUGCUAUAAUAUUGAAACUAAAAAUAUAAUAUUCAUAAACUCUAAAUCAGGAAUCGCUUCAAUUCACUGUAUAUUGGCUUCUAAUCACCAAUCUGAGUCAUCAUCGCUAUUGUCUCCGAUACAAACAACUGAUGCUUGAAGAAGAAAAUGAGUGAUAAGCACUAUAAAAUGGUUGAAGCUAUUUUUGACCCGACAACGGGUAAAAUGCUUCAUCAUCCCGACAACAGCAAUUUGAUUAUGUGUUUUGCCCUGGACUCAAACGGACGAGAAACCGUUAUAUAUUUGCCACCUGAAAAGGUGCCAAAUAUGGACAUAUCGCCACCGCCAUAUCUUGUCGCAAUUACGUCAAAUGCUGAUCAAGAUCAACUUGAUUACGGACAGGAUGAGGACGACCUCGAAGAAGCAGAACAGGAGCAAGAGCUGGAUCAGUAUCAGUAUCAAGAUCAAUAUCAGGAUCAGUAUCAGCAUGAAGAUCAGGAUCAGGAUCAUGAUCAGGUUCAGGAUCAGGAGCAGAGUCAGGAGAAUUGUGAGAAAAUGGAUUUAGAAACGGAAUUAAAAAAAUUUGUUGGCAAGGGAAAAAUGACAAAACCACGUUGUGGCGAUGAGGGAAACGAAAAGAUACUGCCAAAGAAAACGCGUACACAGUGGACACCUGACAUGACCAAGGCAUUGAUAAAUUGUUAUUCGUCACUAAAAGAGACAUGCAAGUUAAAAGGGGAGAAGUUUUGGUCGCUUCUUUCAAAAGUAAUGGUAGAAAAGGGACAUGAUGUGAGUGCGCAUCUAUGUGAAUCAAAAUGGGAUUCGUUAUGUAGAACCUACAAAAACACCAUUGAUCGGAGUAAACAAACCGGAACAAGUCCGUCAAAGGAGUCAAAGUCGACUUCCUUCAAGGAAAUGCAUAAAUUUAUGUACAAAAGGCCCGAAAUAAAUCCGCCGGCAGUGGCUUCGAGUCUGGCAGGAUACAAACGAAAAGUUUCUUCCAUAAUUGAUGUUAAUGGUAAUGAAAUCGAAAUUUCUCCAAAAAGAUUAAAGCGCGCAAAGGCAAAGAAGCCGGAUGCAGAAUGUUCGAUGACAGAAAUGAACGAUGAUGCCAAUUUUCGUCACAAAGAAAAUUUGGAGCGAAAAGACGCACUAUUGGACAUAAUGAAAGAUGUCCGCGACUCGUUAAUUAAGAGACGAUAAGUCGACUUAUUUUUGUUCUCCUUUUACAGCGUUAGAAAUGAAACUUAACCGCUGAUAUUUCAUAGACGUUUUGAUAUUUUUUUAAAAAGAAUUUAUUGUGCUUGAAUUUAACCGAUUUCAAGUUAUUUUUCAAAGAAUUGAUAUUUUCACGUCUUUCUAGUUUAAAAUUGAUCAGUUUCGGAACAAAUAAAGUAAAUAACUUAAAUUUGAAGUGAAAAAUGAAAAACGAUGAUUGUUUUGUUACAUUUUGAAACCGUUCUCUUCUUGUUGUUUUCAGUUUUAGUUGCGCACAAAAAUUUAUGUACGCAUAAUGAGUAUUUUUCUUCUCCGUACUCGAUUAUUCCUGUGACGAAAAAGUUACUGUUAACUUUAUGGAAAUUUUUCUUAAUGAGUAUUAUUAGAGUAAUUACUAUCUUAACUAUAGAAGAGCUACCAUAAAAUUCACUCUUCUGAUUGUGAUAUAAAAAAAUGUGUUCCAAUCAAUACCAGACGUACAAUACCGUACCAUAAUCGAGUACGGAGCAAAAUUAAUAAUAUCCUGACUCAGCAUCAGACUCAAAUUUUCAAAAGUAGUCCUAUUCAUUCUAAAAUGUUUGCGAAAAGCUGCAAAUAAUUACCAAUUGUCAUUAAAUCGUAAUUAAAACUAAUAAUUCUUCAAAAUUGUAAUUAUUUGAAAAUUUAUCAAUCACAUGCCUUUGAAAAGAACACUGUCCACUUUGGGAUCCUCGUGUAUGUACAUUUUGAUGAAACCCAUCUAGAAAUGUUGCGGGUCAAUAUUGUUGAUGGGUCCCAUUUCUGUACACGAUGGACCCAGAAUUCCAUACCUAUACAGUGUUCUCAUCAAUUGUACAUUCAAAAAUUUGAAGUAAAAUUUCUCAAACACUCGAUUUUUUUAGGCUUUUGGAUAAAAAUGUUAAAAUCGUCGAUUGAUUAACAACUUAUUGUUGCAAAUUUUUAAUUCUUAAUCAUUAAUUCAGUUUUAAUUAUAAUGACAAAAAUUUCAAUUGUAACUCUUUAAAAAUGGAAUUAAUCUAAAAAAUUUUAAUGAAAACUCUUUAAAAAUUUAAUCAUUCACAGAAGAUGUUUAAUUAAUUAUUAAGUAAUUCAUACGAUUAAAUAUAUUCUAAAAUUUUUAUAUAA